CGUUGAAUGAUAGGAUUGUUAUUCUCUGUCGGAACUACAAGUCCACUUCAAGAGCGCUUGUUUUGCAGGGUGCACAGUCUGUUUCUGCAUCCAAGCUGUUUAAUUGGGGAUAUUCAUUUGGUCAAUCCAAGAAAUGGAAGCUUUGAUCAACUCUGACAGCUUAAUUUUGAAAAACGUUUCUCCUACUUUAUAUGUAAAAAGUGACAAUCUAUCUGGCAGCACUGGCAAACUCCCAGAGUCCCUUCCAUACAACAGGCAUAUACGUAUCAUUUCGAUGACUGUCAUCUUUACUGUGGCUAUAGUGGGCAAUUUAGUGGUGUUACAUAAAAUCUGCAGCAGAAAGAAUAAAAAAAGAAAAAUAGACUUCCUUAUUACCAAUUUGGCCGUGGCAGACCUGUGUGUGUCUUUGCUGACUUUGCUUUCUCAGAUUGUCUGGGAAGUCCUAGAAGAUACUUGGUUAGCAGGAGACGUUGCCUGUAGGCUCUUUAAAGUAUUUCAAGUUUUCGGAUUAAUUGCAUCGUCCAAUAUAAUCGCCGUCAUUGCAGUAGAAAGACAUCAUGUCAUACUCAAUCCUUUAGAUUCUGCUCUCCCUACAAGAAGACUUACUGUGGCUGCUUGGAUAACAGCACUUCUCCUUUCCAUCCCUCAGGCAUUUGUUUUCAAAGCUGUUCGGAUAGAGAAUGACAACAGCAGAUGUCUUAACACAUUUGGGGACUUGCCUAGGUGGCACUUUCAACUGUACAUUAUUUUUGGAGCCACUACUGUGUUUUUUGCUCCAUUUUGCAUUUUGUGUGUUACUUACAGCAGAAUAUUAUGGACUAUUUGGAGGAAAGAACAGAAUGUGGAGAUACUUAAACCGGCCAAAAAUGCAGACUACCUCACUAGACCAACAAUGAUUGUCGCCACAAAUAGCAGCAUUCCUAAAGCUAAGGUGAAGACACUUAAGAUGACUUUGGUAAUAAUUAUCCUUUUCAUUAUUUGUGGUCUGCCUUAUUUCAUCAUUGAAAUGAAACUUGCCUUCGGAAACAUCGGUAAAACUGAGGAUGUAGUUGUUGCAGUAUUGGGCAUCUUUGUAGUGUCCAACAGCGCUGUCAAUCCUUAUGUCUACCUUUUCUUCAGGUCCAACAAUAGAUACACAAGAAAAGUAGAGAAGAAUGUGUGCUUCUGGUGUCUGCGGGAUUCUCAGGAGUGCACCCUCCAUCGGGAGCCGUUUGUUUAUCGUGGCAAAAAGGAUCUGACCACUGCGACCAGCACCAGCGACGUGGACAGCUCCCAAUGCUAAUCUUUCGGAUGAUGAUCUUUAACUAAAACACUAGCCUGGAAAUCAUCAAGCUAAAAUACACUAUGAGGAAGCCCUGAAUAAAAAAGUGAAACAAGCAAAGAGCAUAUUGGCAAUUUCUCCAAAAUUGUCAUUUAAUUGUGGAAAACAUAUGCAUGUGUGUUGUCUCAAAACCAAUUGCGCAGAAGACAACUUAUUCAACAUGAAGAAUUUCAGAGAAAAAAAUCUAAAACAUGCAUUCUUCACUUCUUUGUUUAUUCCAUGCAACACAUAUUUUUCCAGGCUCCUGUGCUGCUGUUUCUCCAAAAUUGGAAUUUCUCCGAAUAGAUCGGGUGGCAAAUGGAGCUCAAACAAUGUAUGCGGGGAGAAUGAUCCGAUAGAAUCUAUUCAUCUAUGCCACGUACAGAUCAAAGUUUGAUCAGCCAAGACUGGGAACUUGCAAUGAAGUAAAAUGUAAUUGUAAAUUUUGUUUUGAAUCUCCUCGCCAGGUCUGGUAUUUGCUGUAAUUGAUUAUUACGCUGCAUUUCGUUCAUUUAAUUUCCUAGUUUGUGAUGGCAGAUCGCAGUCGCACAGUAUUAUUUUAAAACAGUCUUUGUGGUCUUGUGCAAGUACAACCUGCAUUAAAGUUGUGUAUUAUGUAUCUGCACUUUGUAAAUUGUCAAAGAAUGUGAUGUUGGCAUUCUUCUCUGAGUACUACAGGCGUGUUGACAUCUUAUAUGGCAAUUACUUUAGAAAACAUGAAAUGCCAAGUGUUUGAAGACAACGUUUGCUUUUCAUACGGUCUGGAGCGCAGAAGUAAGCUCUGUGUCUCGCAGAAUGGAUACGUGUUGGCAUUUGUGCCUCACAAAAUGAACGCUAAGGUAUAUUCGUGUUUUUUUUUUCUGAACAGUAAUUCUAUGAUUAGCAUUUCUUUUGUGGCAGAACUGUAUGCAGCAUGAUUUGUGUCUUAUAAAUAAAUGUACUUUUGUCCAGAA